AUUAUAUAUUCUAACUGACCAUUGGUCAUCUGAAAGUGUUUAUAUAUAGAAUGUCCAUGUUUUGACCCUAUGAAAUAUUGAUGUGGCUAAAUGGAGUCAAAAUCUACAUUACUUAGAUGUUUGUUGAAGAAUAAAGACAUGGAAUCAGUUAAUCUUGACAUGGAAGAUAUAUUUGAAGAAGAAGCAGCAGAUGAUGAUUUCCCCUCUGUUGGGCCGCUUCCAGAUCUACCUGAUGGAGAGGAGGGGGCUGCUGAAGGAGAAGAUGAAGAUAAUACAGAUGUUAUGUCUAAAUUAAAAGAUUUAUCAAAAGGAGCAGCAAAGAAAGUGGUGAGGAAACCCAUGCCAAAGUUAGAUGGGCAAAGAUUGACAGGUGAAAGGGGAAUACCCAUUCUUCCCAAAGUAUUUGAAAAGGUUAAGUUUAAAGGCCAAGGGAACGAAACACAAGAUUUAAGAAUCAUAAUGAGAUAUUUAGAGCACUGGGCUCAUAGGCUAUUUCCCAUGAUGCCUUUUGACGAAGUCUUGGAAAGAAUAGAAAAACUUGGGACAAAGAAAGAAGUUCAGACCUGUAUAAAGAAGAUGAGGUUAGAUAUGCCAUUAUUGAAUGAAGAUUAUAUACAAGAUGCUUCUGAUGAUGAAGCUGGAGGCAGUGAUAAAGAUAAAAGUCCUAAAAAGAAUGGUGUAAAUCCUGUGGAUGAGACCGAAUGGGAUGAUAUCAUCAGGGAACACGAGGAAGAACAAAGAUUGUCACAGGCACCAGCAUCUCAAACAGCAACCACACCCAUGUCUCAACUUAAAUCACAAUUGUCAAAACCUUUAAUGGAUCUGAAGAACACAUCACAACCUUAUAUAGCAACCCCUAUAUCAAGUCCAACUGCAUCCGUAGGGGGUUUGACACCAGAACAGAGAGAACGAAUUGAGAGAAACAAACAGCUUGCUUUACAGAAAAAGCUGGGAAAACCAGGAUUUAAAGCACCUGCAGUGCCUAGUUCACCAUUCAGAACACCUCUGUCGUCACCAGUUACACAGAGAUAUUCACCAAUGAUGCCUCCACCUGUUCCAUCACCAUGUAAAUCAUCACCAGGAAAGCCUUCGUCAUCACCAGUAAAGAUUUCUUCUUCACCAUGUAAAUCAUCACCAGUAAAGCCUUUAUCUUCACCAUGUAAAUUAUCUCCUGGAUCGACACCCUCAUCAUCAAAUACUGUAACAUUUUCAUCACUUGUUCAGAAUGGCAAUACAGAGGAUUCCGACCUCGGUGUAAAUAAACUGUCUUACAAUUCCUCACUUGAUACACAGACAUGCAAUACCGGUAUCCAAAAUGGAGAAAUGAUAAAUGGAGGUUCUAAACCAGUUGGAGACAGCGAGAUGAGUGAAGUUAUACCCAUUAUAGGUAAAACUGUGAUGAAUGGAAGAAGUUCACAGGCAGGAGACAAUGAAUUAAGUGAAGUUAUACCUAAUCAAGAUCUUAAAAGAAACAAUGAUAUUACUGACGAUAAUAAUCUAGUCAAAAAACAUAAACUAAAUGUUGAACUGACAGAAGAUGAAAUUUUAUCUAGUAUGGAAGAAAAUUGAUGAUUAUUUGUAUUUUAUCGUUACACAUAAGUGCUAUUUUUAUUGUUUUUAUGUUUUAUUUAAUUCUGAUGUUUUGUUUUCUGUUGUGAAAAUUUCACACAAAGUUUUAACUCCUAUUUCAAUUUAUUAAGUAGAUGACUUAUUUAAGUAAACAUAUAUGGAGGCUAGAUUGUGUUGAAUUCCACUGAAUUCUGCUGACCAUCAGAUGUAUCAUCAGCAAGUAAUUCCUAUAGUAUCGUAAAUAUUUGACUUCAGCAGUAUAUUGUUAUUUGAUUAUUGUUUCACAUUCCCACUUGAGUAAAACUAAUAAAAGUAAUAAUUUCCCUCAAAUUUAAUGAAUCAUAAAUUGAAAGUUACAAAAUUCUUCCCUAUUGUUGUAAUUUAAUGUUUCAAAGUUUACAAAUACAAAAGUCUUAAAAAGACCUAAAAAUACAUUUUUGAUCCAUAUCUAUAUUUAUCUACAAACAUGAUCUUGUUCCCACCUGUAGUAUUAUCAGCAACUUCAUCAACUAAAGUUCAAAAUGACAGAAGGAACUAAAAAAGAAGUUUUUAAAGAGUAAAAGAAAGAUUUUAUUAGCUGUGAUAUUAAGGGACAUUAGAAGCUCAAGUCCAUGAUAUUGUUUUUUUUUAUUGUAUUUUUGUAUGGAGUCAAUAAAACACAUUAUACUAUA